ACUACAAUGGGAUUUCUCAUGAUAAUUUUACCUCACCGCUAAUUUUGUGUCACAACUAGAACCGACGCACAUAUAUAUACUAGAUUUUACGUUGAUUAUAACUGACUGACUUUAUCAAAUAAAUUAUUUAUAUUAUUACUAGGUGUUUAUCAAAUGUCUUGUCAAUUUUCGCAGUUUAGUUAUAUAAAUUGUGGUCGUCUGAUUUAUUAAUCUUGUAGUUACUUGAUUGGAAUUUCUAGCCUCUUCGAGAAGUACGCUUGAAGGAUUGAUUUAGUAAAGAUGGAAACCUAUGAUGUGAAAUCAAGCCAGUGUCAUGUUGGGAUUUUGUUCUGCAGUGAAUGCAACAACAUGUUGUAUCCUAAAGAGGAUAAGCGUACAAAAACAUUAUACUACGCAUGUCGUAACUGUGAUUAUUCCCAGGAAGCAGACAAUCCCUGUGUUUAUAUCAACAAACUGGAACAGGAAGUUGAUGAAUUGGCUUUAAUUGUACCGGAUGUUGUUCAUGAUCCAACACUGCCUCGAACAGAAGAUCAUAUAUGUGGUCGAUGCGGUAAACAAGAAGCUGUAUUUUUUCAAUCACAGACAUUGAAGCGGAAGAAAAUAUGCGUUUUUAUUAUGUUUGUACCAAUGUUGAAUGUUUAAAUAAAUGGACUGAAUAGAUAAUGUACAUAUAUAUAUAUAUGCUAUGAAAGGAAGUCCUGAAUAAGAACUAAACUUGUAAGAUAAGUAUUACGAAAGUUUUGAAUUUGAGUUACUUACAUAGAACUUUACUUAUGUUCUUAUAGAUGGUCACCUAACUAACACGGAAAAUUCUCAAUU